AUGCGACACAAAUAUCUCGCUUGCAUAUUGGCGCUUUCUCCAUUCUGUGCUUCUCUCAGGCACGAGUCUCUUCAUAAUCCCCCAAAGGACUACGUACAACUGAAACCGGCGCCUGAGGAUGAACUAUUGUCCUUGAGAAUUCAUCUGGCGGAGCCGGAAAAGCCAUAUCUCAAGGUGGCCCAAGAAGUAUCAGAUCCCGAAUCCAAUCAGUAUGGACUGUUUUUAGGAGCUCAUGAGUUGCGAGCUAUUUUACCUAACAAGAGUUUCAUCUCGGCAAAAGUGACCGGCUGGCUUAAAGGCGAGGGCUUAUCCAAUUACACUACACGUCCCGAUUACGUCGAUGUCACAACAGCCAUUGCUGACUGGAACCGGGUCUUGAACACUACGUUUUACCACUUCCAACACAAGGCCACUGGUCGGACUAUGAUUCGCACAACUCAGUAUAGCAUUCCAAGCACGCAAAAGGACGCGAUCAGCUAUAUAUAUCCUACAGUACACUUCUUUCGAUCGGCACCUGGUCCAAAAACGAUUCAAGCAAGACAGCAUGUACCCACUGGACCUAGUAAUUGCUCCAACAGCAUCUGUCCAUCUCAGCUGCGCACGAAAUAUAAUAUUCAUUAUAGCCCAGUCGACGGUAAAUCGGGUAGCACAAUUGCUAUAGCUGGAUUUCUGAACAACUUUCCCAAUAUCACAGACGUCAAAGCUUUCUUGACAAAGUAUGAUAAGAAGAAUCCGAAACUCAUACCUUCAAUCAAUGUCGCAUCUGUCAACAAAGGUACCCUUAAGCCCCCGGCUGACGGCGGUUCGCUCACGGUCGAGGCUGAACUUGACCUUGACUACGCAAUGGCUUUCACUGGUCCGCUCCCCGUCACUUUCUACUCGGUAGGCGGCCAUGCGCCCAAGAUCGGGCAAGCUCCGAAUGCACCUGUCUCACCGGACAGCAAUGAGCCUUAUGCCGAGUUUUUUGACUAUGUGCUCGGUUUGAAAAACCCACCCAAGGUCAUUUCUAUAUCUUACAACGACGAUGAGAAGGAUGUACCAGUUGCGUAUGCGAAACACGUUUGCGAUCUUUUUGCAAAAGCUGCUACCCGUGGGAUUUCCAUCAUCGGAUCUUCUGGAGACGGAGGAGCAGCAGGAACAGACGGAAAUACAUGUCUUGGAGUGUCUGGCAAAAAGAGACUCUUUGUGCCCUCAUUCCCAUCGAGCUGUCCCUGGAUGACUUCUGUUGGUGCUACGGCAGAAUAUGGCGGUGCAGCUUCGUAUAGCUCGGGUGGUAUGUCAAAUGUCUUCCAACGUGCUUCUUGGCAAGACAAGGCUGUCUCCGGUUAUAUAAAAGCCUUACAUGGCAAGCACAAGGGCUUUUACAACGCCAGCGGCCGUGCGCAACCAGACAUCAGUCUUCUGGGCGAUAAUUACCUGACAUUGACCGGAGGCAGCCCGUCGACUCAUGACGGCACGAGCGCAUCUGCACCUGUGUUUGCAGCUAUGAUUGCGCUUGUCAACGACAUGCGCCUCCGGGCAAAGAAACCUGCAUUGGGAUUCCUCAAUCCUUUGCUUUAUUCAGCAAAGGCGAGCCCAGUCUUUCGCGAUGUCAAAGAUGGUAGUGAAACAACAGGCUGCGCUGAUGGUGACUUCUUUGAGACAGGUUGGGAGGCUCUCGCAGGGUGGGAUGCGGCAACGGGCCUGGGCGAGCCCGAUUUUACGAAACUGGCAGCUUUGUUAAGAUAA